AUGGAGAACGACCGUGGCGAGAUCGUCGAUCUCUACGUCCCCCGCAAGUGCAGCGCCACCAACCGCAUCAUCAAGGCCAAGGACCACGGUUCCGUCCAGAUCUCGAUCGCGAAGGUCGACGAGAACGGCCGUGCCGUCCAGGGAGAGAACCACGUCUUUGCCCUCUGCGGUUUCGUCCGAGCGAUGGGCGAGAGCGACGACGCCAUGAACCGACUGGCCCAGCGAGACGGCCUCCUCAAGAGCGUCUGGAGCGCCCAGCGAUAA